UCUUGCUCGUGAAAGACUCCAAAAAGCAGUGCAACAAGUCAGCGACUGCGGCCCUCUGUUCUUCUUCAUCAUCAUCUUCCGUUCAACAUCUCUUGUUUGGUUUAAUUUCUUCUCCUUUGAGCUUUUUCAUUCUAUUUUUCUUAACUGUUCCUUGAUUUCUGUGUUUUUUAUUUGGGUAUUUUCUAACUGAUCAUAUUAUCCCUUCAAAAUUGUAAAAGCUGAUCAAAUUAGUUGCAUGAUCUCAACUUUUUUGGAUUAAUUAAUAAUUUCAUAUCAAAUUGCAUUUGGGUUUCACUGUAUCACCGGAAAAUAUGAAACCCUUUUGGAUUAAUUCAUCUAAUUUUAGGUUUUGAUUGUAUGUACUUCGUAAAUGUAUAUAGCUAUGAAUAGUGAAUUAGGUUAAACCAAUAUAACAUGGGUUUAACAAAGGGCUUUUCUAAUUUGUUGAGUUAUUUGUUUUUCUCUUACAUAAUAUUUCUGUAAACUUAUUAGUAAAAUAGUUGUUGUUUCACACUUUCACUGAUAAAUUUGUUACAUGAUCAUGAAAUUUGAUCACUUGAAUCAGGAAAGAUGAAUAGGAAAAGAAAUACUUUGUUUGAGGAAAAGCAUAAUGAGAUCGAAAAAAGGAAGAUGAGCUUAAUACAGAUGGUACACAAAAGAGCUGCCAAAAUGCAAAUUACCUGGGUAUCAUUUUUACCAAAUGAUUUGAUCUUUCAAAUCUUUCUGUUACUCCCAAUCAAAUCUAUUCUGAGAUUUACUUGUGUUUGCAAGGCAUGGUAUAAGCUGAUCCAUUGUGCUGAGUUUGUUGAGUCUUACAAUAAACAAGCUCAAACAACCCCAAUCUUACUCAGAGGAAUCUAUAAUGAGAAACCAAACACUUUCCAUGCCGAAACACAACUCAAUCAAUCCAAAAACUUCAGUUUCUUCCCUUGUAGCUUUGGGUCUAGAACACGAAGUAAGUUCAUCUAUUUCUUGGAGAUUGAAGAUGACAAUGGAAAACUUCUUGACCUUAACAUGAGUUGUUAUGGCUCAGUUGUAUCCUCUUGCAAUGGAUUGAUUUUGAUCACUUCAAUGAAUGAAGAACUUCGGAGGUAUAGACAUUACUCCAUGGGUGAGUUUAUGGUUGACAGCCGAACAAUUCCAGGGAAGUUAAUAGUGAUGAAUCCUAUGACUAGGAAACUGAUAGGGUUUCCUGUAGGCACUCUUCCUGGUAAGCUUUACGAUGAGUCGUAUGGGCUUAUGUUUAGCCAUUCAAAGGGUGUUUAUAAAGUGGUGCAUUUGUUCAAGGAUGAAUCUGGGUUUAUUGGUUGUGAGAUUUUGAGCUUGAAGACAAGAUCAUGGAAAGCGGUAGAUGGGCCCGUGGGAGCAACUUUUCAUAGUUUUGGACACACACCUAUUCCUACAAAAGGGGGUUUGCACUGGGUUCUUGGUUCUGUUGGUUAUGAUUACAUAUUAUCUAUGGGGGUUGAUGAUGAAAAAUUCUUUGUCACUGACCUUCCACAGACUAUGGGUAAGUAUGAUAGGCUAGUCGAAAUGGGUGGUUUUUUGAGCUUUGUGACUGGUUUAUAUAAGAACCAUAUAGAGGUGUGGAUCUUGAAGGAAUUCAAAGGAACAACAAAAUGGGUCAAACAUCACACUAUUCGCAUCAAUGCUAGUCCGGAUUAUGUGGAUUUUGUGGAGAACGAUAAUGUGGAUAAUGAGGAGCAUGGUAAUGUGAACAAUGAGGAUAAUGCAGAGCAUGGUAAUGUGAACAAUGAGGAUAAUGCAGAGCAUGGUAAUGUGGAUGGUAAUGUGGAUGAUGAGGAAAUUUCAUUAUCUUGUUUUGCUUUAAAUGGCAAAGAAAUGGUGUUUAGGAGAAGAGAGAAAAUGUAUGUAUAUGACUUUGAGGUUGAAGAAAUCAGAGAGAUCAAAAUGGAUAGUGGAAAGAUUAUGGGACAUGAGAAUAUCAUGCCUCACUCGAAUAACCUUGCUACCUGGGAACAUCUUGAACCUAUGAGUUAAACUCGGGAAAUUUUGUGCCACGCCUUUUAAGGCUUGAAGAAUAACAGCUGAAUAUGCGUAUUAAUAAAUUAUGAUCAUGCUCACCCAGAGGGAUUCAGGGACUGUUAAAAUGUAGAAGUAUGACGAAUUGAUGCGUUUUUGCCUUGUUUGCUACCCAUGGUCGUUUUAUAUCAUGUUAUAUUUUUCUUCUUAGUUGUUCAUUAGCUUGACUUGUAAAUUUAAUAUACAAUACUUAAAUUGGGUCAUUUCAUCAUCAUUAUUAUUA